GUGGGCAUCAUUGGUAAUGCGCUAAAUAUUCUGGCCAUCGUGCUGAUAUUUCGCUCACCGUCAUUGCAUACCCCUUUUGGUUUUAUUUGUGCCUCACAUUUGCUUGCUGAUGUGGGCCUACUCGUUGUAUUUUCAUUUUGGGUUGCGCCGGCCGCACUGCUGAACUUUUCUGAGCCGAUCAUUCAGUCCUAUCUGGCUGAGAGAAUAGGCCAACUCUGCACGAUAUUCUGGAGCGCUUGUAUGUAUAGUCAUUUACAAACUGCUCUGAAUCGUCUCAUAGCUAUUAUAUCACCAAUGCUGUACAAGUACGGGUUUCAAAAACAGUUUGCUUCUCUAUUUUGCAAAAAUUGA